AUGCUGGCCAAGAGGAUGUUGGAACUGGGGGAAGUUGAGCUUCUCUUUUGCAAAUCCAAAGUAUACCUUCACCCCACACCUUCGAGAAAGGAUAAUAUAGUCGGUUUUCUAACGUUAUCAAGGAGUGCCAACUCCUCCAAUUUGGAAAUCGUUGUUGCAUUCACUCCCGAGUCGCAAUUGAGCAAAGAAGAGUUGGUCGUUUACAAUAAAGCCGACACGGAGAUUGUUGACUUGCAAUUGAGCUCAUUGAAGUACAACAAGCAGGGGAAAGCACCCAGUGCAAGAAUAGUCUCCAAGCCCAGUGCCUCGCUUUUGUCUUCGUACGCCUUCACGACGGCAUUAUCGUACAUCUACAGCAUACAGUUUAGAAACCCAAGCCAUGGGUAUUGGUUCGGGUCCAUUGUGAUCAACACCCAGGACGGCAAUAAGCUCCCCAUUCUUUUCUUCCACGACGAUGAGUCUGCAUCGACACUCAAGAACCAGAAACUUCAAAACAAGCAGUUUGACCCGUUUGGCUCUGAUGGCGAGAUGUACUGGGGUGCCAUGGAUUUCUUGAAGGUUUUAAAGAGUCUAGUCAAUGUGCAGAAAUCGACAAUUGAACCCACCGUGUAUCUCGUCAACCCGGUAUCUGACGACUUGCGGAAUUUUGCCCCUUUCAAGAGUAAACCUGAAAAGAAGCCAGAGUCCGACAAUGAGUUCAAGUUACCGGACGUGGGCAAGAUGUUUGCCACGGCGAAAUGGAAAGUCUUGGAAACAGUGGCUACUUUUUCGGCACGUACAAAGAACCAAGUGCUCGAUUUCGUCGAGGAUAAUGCGCCUGCGCCAUUGAAAGAGAUCAUGAACCAACCAGAAGUGGUCAAGAUUGGCGACGAGUUUGACUCGGCACGAGUCUACUUGGCUAAAUGGGCGCAGCAAGUUAAAGAGGAAGCCGAACUGAGUUCAUCAAAAUAUAUGUUGGAUGAUGAACUUUACAAGACCUUGAAUCGAGAAUUGGGUUCUAAUGAGUUGUUGACCCAGGAGGAAAUAAGCCGCACCUUGAGAAGAGACCCCAUUGAAAGACCAGAAUGGGAUGGGUUUUUCGAUUACACGGGACGGUUGUGCAUCACGGUAGAAGAAGUCAAGAGCAGGAUUUUCCAUGGAGGAUUAGCUCCCGACGUGAGACCAGAGGCAUGGUUGUUUCUUUUAGGCGUGUACCCGUGGGACUCAUCUGCUGAAGAGCGUGAAGUGUUGAAACAGUCUUAUACAACGAGAUACGAAGAAUUAAAGUUGAAAUGGUUGGAAGACGAAGACAAGAGAAGCACGGAAUUUUGGAAGGAUCAAAAGUUUAGAAUUGAAAAAGACGUGAACCGAACCGAUCGAAACUUGGAGAUGUUUAAAAACCCAAGCAAGAAGCCACAGGUGACUGCUGCUUCAACUUCUUCUUCUUCUUCUCCUCCUCCUCAGGAUGAAUCCGUUGCUGAUGCAGCUAAUGCAGGUGAAGACAGCGAGCCGGAGACUCCCGAUGAAGACGAACUCGACGACGAGUUUGACGUGUCAAACAUUCGCAACCCGCAUUUGUUCACCAUGCGAGAAAUCCUCAUCACCUACAACGAGUACAAUGUCAACCUCGGCUACAUUCAAGGCAUGACCGAUUUGCUCUCGCCGCUAUACGUUACAAUUCAAGACGAAGUGCUCACAUUCUGGAGCUUUGCCCAUUUUAUGGAGAGGAUGGAACGCAAUUUUGUCCGCGACCAAUCCGGAAUGCGAAAGCAAAUGGUGACACUCAACAAGCUUCUCCAGUUCAUGCUACCCAACUUGUACAAGCAUUUGGAAGUAUGUCAAAGCAACGACUUGUUUUUCUUCUUCCGGAUGUUGCUAGUCUGGUUCAAGCGCGAGCUUUCAUGGGACCAAACGUUGCAACUUUGGGAGAUCUUCUUUACCGACUACUACUCGUCGCAAUUCCACUUGUUCUUCGCGUUGGCCAUCUUGAGCGAGAAUGAGCGCAUCGUGAUUCAGAACUUGAAGCAGUUUGACGAGGUGCUCAAGUUCUUCAACGACUUGCUGGGCCAUUUGAAGUUGGAAAAGUUGCUUGUGCGCAGCGAGCUUCUCUAUUUGAAAAUGAAGAGGAUGUUGGAUCUCAUUGAUCGCGAGAAUGGUUUGAAAGGUUCGAGCGAGGCUUCGGAUGAUAUCGGUGAGGACUUGAGACAGUUGAUGAGCAGAGAAUUGGUUAUUCAGAAAGAGGUUGAAAGACCCGAGGGUGUCGGCGGUGGCUAA